AUGGUGCAGAGCAGUACUUGCUAUCGUCCUGGAGCCAAAAAGAGCCCCAGCAGCUUCAUGGCAUUGCCCUGGGACAUAACUUGGAGCUCACGCUCUGUCCCAACCUUGGCGGAUCCACAGCACUUCAGUCAGGAAGAUCUACAGGCCUCAUCAGGAGUGUUUUGGCUCCAAGAACGAUGGGCAACUGUGCCUGUUUUUGAAGAAACCCUGUUUUUGAAAGACAUCAGUGAAGAUACACAAAAGCAAGCAGGGCUUGAAAAACAGCUUCUUUGUGAUGACGUUGCCAAAGCAGACACUGCCGAAGAUGAUGGAAAACUGUCCUUUGAUGAAUUCAAAGCUUACUUUGCUGAUGGAGUUCUGAGUGGAGAGGAACUGCAUGAACUUUUUCACACCAUUGAUAUACACAAUACUGACAAUCUUGACACAGAAGAGCUCUGCGAAUAUUUUUCCCAGCACUUAGGAGAGUAUGAAAAUGUUCUAUCUGUAUUGGAAGACUUAAACAUAACCAUACUGAAGGCAAUGGACAAAACAAAGAAAGACUAUCAGAAAGCUUCUAAUUUGGAGCAGUUUGUGACUCGCUUUCUUUUGAAGGAAACACUGAAUCAGCUCCAGUCCCUCCAGAGCUCCCUGGAGUGUGCCAUGGAAACCACAGAGGAGCAGACUCGGCAGGAGAGACGAGAUCCAACAAAACCAGAAGUUCUCUCAAUUCAAUGGCCAGGAAAACGCUCAGCUCGAAGGCUUCAGAGGAACAACAGCCUCUUGCCAAACAGUCCUCAUUUUAGCACAGGUUGGUUUGAGGAAGACAACCAGUGGAUGACCCAGAUAAACAGGCUACAAAAGCUGAUUGACAGGCUGGAAAAGAAGGACCUAAAGCUUGAGCCAUUUGAAGAGGAAGUUUUGGAAGAAAAUGCAAGAUCUCACAUAAUGAUUGUUCAACGUCAAAUGUCUGUAAUAGAAGAAGACAUAGAGGAAUUUCGGCUUGCUCUGAAGCAGUACGUGGAAUCUGCUUCUACUCAGGGUGGCUGCUUGCAUGUUUCCAUACAGAAGCUUCCAAGUGAUUCCCGCUUCAUUGUUUAUGAGUUCUGGGAGAACAGCAAUGCCUGGAAUAGUCACCUUCAAAUGAAUUACAGCAAGACAUUCCAAAGAAGUAACGUGGACUUCUUGGAAACUCCAGAGCUCAUAACAACAAUGCUAGUCCCUGCAUCAUGGUGGGUCCUCAAUAACAACUAAAAGCUGUUGUUCCAAGUAAUGUUAAUGUUGCAUUGCUUUUCCUGAC